AUGGAGUCCGCAAUUCGCUGGUCACCGAGCUCGACCGCAGCGGAACAACGCUUUCUCUCUGUCGACGUCACAGGCAAAGCGUUUCGCCUGUGCAGGAUCACGGGGUUUGAUGGCAGAAAUAUACAACAUGAAGUGCUCUCUCAUCUCAGGGAUGUCCCUCUAUUCCGUGCAUUUGACUGGUCUACGUCCAACGAGAACCUUAUUGCGGUGGGCCAAUCAUCCGGUGAAGCUACAAUUCUACGACUUGACACCGAUCAGAAGGAAUCACUUUCCUUUCCUGUCCGAAAUCAGCGAUAUUGUAACGCAGUAGCAUUCAGUGCACAUGGUCUUGUGGCCUCGGGUCUGGAUCGCGUGCGCAAUGACUUCUGCUUGAAUAUUUGGGAUGUCAACCAACGACUUAGUCCUGCCGGCACUACCAAAGGUUUCCACGAGCCUCUGAGAAAGCUGGCUAGCUCCGAGCCUAUAACCAGUAUAAAAUUCUUUCGAGACCAACCAGAUACCCUAGUUACAGGAGUGAAAGGCCAAUUUGUUCGGAUCUAUGAUCUGCGAGAGGGCCCUGGAAAUCCAUCAUUACAGUUUCCAACUCGAUGCGUCCAUAAUUUGGCCAUAGACUGGCUUGACGAGAACUACAUUGCUUCUUGCGCGACAUCCAACGAGAGCACCGUCUGCGUAUGGGAUCGGCGUGUCGGAAAUCGAUUAACGUCACCCUCUUUAGGCUCCUCUGCGACAAAUCCCGAGGCUGGUCAAACUUCCGCUUCUGUCCUGCAACUCAAGCAUGUGUUUGACCCCAAAAGCUCGAUCUGGAGUCUACGGUUCUCCAAGACUAACCGUGGAUCCUUGGGCGCAUUGUCCAGCACUGGCCAUCUGAAAAUCUUUGAAAUUGCGAAAGAUCAUUUAUCAGAAGAGUAUCGCUCCUCAAUCGACGAAACACUCGGCCAGGGUUCAUUCAGAGACUACCCAGAGCCGGUCCAUACGAAACAUAUACGAGAUGUCGCCACACCAUUCGACCACCCUAUUCGUGGGUAUGGAGAAAAGGACCGGGUGGUAGCAUUCGACUUUUUGAAUCUCAGUCUCUCGUCACAACCCAGUGCUAUUGCAAUCGAUGGUCAUGGAAUACCGCAGAUCAUUACUGGUCGACCGCCAUGUCCUCCGGUGGCUCUAUCGUCACAAGGAACACUGGCCUGUGGUAUUUCAUCCAUUGAAUCAGACCUGAGAUCCAUUCGCCCUAUGUCUGAGCAGAUUUCUCCUAUUUCUGAGCUUGUUGGAAACAUCAGGUCACGCGUUCAAUCGAGCUCAAGAGAGUCAAGAAUUGACGAAUCAAAGCCGUUCGUUUCCGAGGCGAUCACCUCUGAUCCUGUACCAAGCCGGGAAGGUCGGGAGCGUGCAUUAUCCCUAGGCACAUUUGGGACUCUGCUCACUGCAAAAGAGGCUUUGACACUCUCUACACUGGGCCGGUUCCGGUGUAAAGAGGGUUAUCUUUUUGAUGAAGCGCGAAAUCGACAAAUUGUCGCAGAUGAUGCUGCUCUCCAAGAUCUUUGGGGCUGGAUUGAACGAGCUCGGUCUGACUCGUCAGGAAUGGCCAUGGUGACGAAUGGCUUGGACUUGAAUUAUCUUGGUGUGAGCAGUGUGUGGCAUAAUGAUCUCGGCCAUGGCUUUGAAAGACGACGCGUCGGCUCCAAGGGAGAGGAUGCUAACCUUGCAACCGAGGCAAUCGUUCAGCUUGUCGAGCAAUUAAAUUUACCAGAGACGAAGGGCUGUGAGACGGCAUAUCCCGAGCAUCGCCGACUUUGCCUUCGCCUCUGUGGGGCAGCUCAAUCGCACCGAGAACUGGAAGAUUUGGUGAAGACCCUCUCUACUGAGGGUCAACAUACCAAAGCCGCUGCAUUAGCUGUCUUCCAAACCGAACCAAAACUAGCCUACCUAGCACUUCGAGGCAAUGAACCCAAGCAGGCCCAUAAAAUGCUAGCAAUGGCAAUUGCUGGCUCUGCAAAGGGAGAUAACAGUGCCGACUGGGAAGAAACUUGCGCCGAGAUCUCUAAAGAGCUCACUGAUCCGUACGCACGCGCCAUUCUUGCUCUCGUUAGCAAAGGUGACUGGCAAGCAGUCAUCAAGGAGACUACCCUCCCCUUGAAAUACCGCGUUGAGGUUGCCUUACGCUGGCUUCCGGAUGAUGAGUUGAGCGAAUAUCUGAAAGAUGCCACAACAGAAGCAAUCCAACAAGGUGACGUUGAGGGUGUGGUGCUUACGGGAUUGGGUCAUCUGGCCAUGGGUCUGUUUCAGUCAUAUAUUGACAAGUUCAAUGACAUUCAGACUCCGGUGCUUGCCAUGAGCCACACCAUCCCCCGAAUAAUCAACAAUAACACAUACAUCACACAAUUUGAAGCCUGGCGCGAGACCUACCGCCGGCAGAUGAAUUCCUGGAAACUGCAACUCGAAAGAGCCCGCUUUGAUGUUGGCUCUCGACAAUUUGCCGUCACGGUCGACGGGCGCAAACUCAUCCCCGCACCACCUCAGCAAGUAAGCCUGACCUGCAACUACUGUACGCGUCCCCUCACACAACACGAUUCCUCUUCCCAAGUCUCUCCAUCUACCGCGAUGGAAACCGUUCAUCCAACUGUGGGCAACCCCCUUGGCUCUGCAGCUCUGUCUGGAACAGUCUGUCCCCGCUGUGGUCGCCAUAUGCCUCGCUGUGGUGUAUGUACACUGUGGCUAGGAUCGCCAGACCCACUGUCUCGCUCAGGCAUCGCUGCCGAUGCCGAAUCCACGCAUAAGGCCACCGAGGCCGAGGUCAUGCGGCGAUUUGUGGUGUUUUGUAUUCAUUGUAACCACGGCUUUCAUGCACAUCAUGCCCGUGGCUGGUUUAUGCGACAUAAGGUGUGUCCAGUAGCGGAAUGCAGCUGUAUCUGCGAUCGAUAA